GCAGCCAUUUUGGGCUGAGGAGAGCGAGCGCGGAGGCCGCAGAGCGGGCAGGGCGCCGGCGGAGGGGCAGGCCGAGCCGAGCGCCGGGCGAAGGCGGCAGCUGCUGGACGCUUGCAUCUGCGGAGCGCCCGCAUCAGCGGCAGGAAGAGCCAGGCCGCGACCGCCCCCCCUCAGAGCUCACUCAUCGUCCCUCGGGCCGCGGGCCCCACGGACAUGUCCAGCAUGAAUCCCGAAUAUGACUAUUUAUUCAAGCUACUUCUGAUUGGAGACUCUGGUGUUGGGAAAUCUUGCCUUCUACUUAGGUUUGCAGAUGACACGUACACAGAAAGUUACAUCAGCACGAUUGGUGUGGACUUCAAAAUCAGAACUAUAGAACUAGAUGGGAAAACAAUCAAGCUUCAGAUAUGGGACACGGCAGGGCAGGAGAGGUUUCGAACCAUCACUUCCAGUUACUAUAGAGGUGCUCAUGGCAUCAUCGUUGUGUAUGAUGUUACAGAUCAGGAGUCUUUCAAUAACGUCAAACAGUGGCUGCAGGAGAUUGACCGCUAUGCCAGCGAGAACGUCAACAAGUUAUUGGUGGGGAACAAAUGUGAUUUGACCACAAAGAAAGUAGUAGACUAUACAACAGCAAAGGAAUUUGCAGAUUCUCUUGGAAUUCCGUUUUUGGAAACCAGUGCAAAGAACGCUACAAACGUAGAACAGUCUUUCAUGACCAUGGCUGCUGAGAUCAAAAAGCGAAUGGGCCCGGGAGCGACGGCUGGUGGUGCCGAGAAGUCCAAUGUUAAAAUCCAGAGCACUCCAGUCAAGCAGUCUAGUGGAGGUUGCUGCUAAAACUUGCCUCCCUUCCCGGCCCCAGCCCUGUCCUCUCCCCCUUUUGUCUCACAACAAUGAAUUUGCAAUCUGAACCCAAGUGAAAAACAAAAACAAAACAAAAAAUUGCCUGAAUUGUACUGUAUGUAGCUGCACUACAACAGAUUCUUAACCGUCUCCACAAAGGUCAGAGAUUGUCCAUGGUCAAUACUGACUUGUUUGGGUUGGUGUUUUUUUAUUAUUAUUAUUCUUCCCUUGACUCAAGACAGCUUAACUUCAUUUUCAGAACUGUUUUAAACCUGGUUUGUGUCUCUUUUUGUUUGUUUCUGUGCGUGCUGGUUUAUCCAAACGUGUAACCCUUGUUGCUUUUCCUGAUAACCAGACUGUUCCCUGUGGUUGGGUUUAGGAUGUGUUUCUCUCUUUUGUUUCGAUGUUUUCGGGCAUGUUUAGCUGUGUUGGGGGUUUAGUCCUUCUGAAGAUGAAGUUUAGCCAUUUUGUAUCCAAACAGCACAAAGGGUGUCUGUCACUUUUUUUCCAUGCAUAAAAUUUAGUAAGAUGUCUGUUAAGAUCUUGAUUAUUUUUUUUUCAUGGGGGGGAGCUAGUUCCUUCUUGUAGAAUUUAUCAGUGGGAAAAGAUCACACUUCUCUUGAUCAAUAGUUUUUUUUUUUCCUCUUCAUCCUCUGCAUAUAAUUUGUGGCUGCAGAAAUAUUGUAAUUUGUUGCACAAAAAUAUGUAAUGGAGAAAAAAAGGCAAAAACAAAAAAAGGAAGAAAAUGUUUAAUAAAUAUUGUACUUAUUGGAAGUAAUAUCAAACUGUAUGGUGAUAAAUAGUGUCUUAAUUUGUAUGGCUAAAGGGGGAAAAUCAGGCUUGCAGUGUGCACAAAACAUAUCUGUGUGCAGCCAUGGCUCUCAGACCCUUUCGAGUAGACCCCAGAGACCAUCCCUGCAACUCAAAAUAGUGAUUAUGGCCCCCCAGAAAAACCCAAAUCUGAGCUGUCCCAGUGCUUAAGGCAUGUCUGCUGCCCCGGAGCAGCCAGCUGAUGCUGCUGGAGGCAGAGCAUGCUCGGAAUGUACAACUGCUCUCCACCUUAGGCUUGGGACUUUGAAUUCCUCCAGGAGUCUGCGCGGGGAAUUCCUGCCUGUGUUGUAGGGGGGAGAAAAGCAUUUCCCCAGUGAGCGGCUCCACCCUCACCUCCAGGUGUGGUUUAACUUCCUGCCAGUAUAUUGUCUCUUUUCUAUAUACUGUUAAUUCCAUCCUCUCUCGAUCAGUACUCUUCUGACUUAGUGCAACAGCUUAGCUUCCGUUCUGUGCUGCAGAGGCAGCAGAAGGAUGAGCGGGGGCCCGGCACAGGCCCCGUGCCAGCCUGUUGCUCGAAGCAGGCGAGAUCUCCACCAGUUGGGAACUAACCAGCAGCCAGGAGGGUUUUGGACAGUGUGAGUCUUUGUACAGAGCUAAUCAAAUCAUUAGUGCCUGACGUCUAGCUGAAAGCCACAGGAAAAAGCUAGCCUAUAACACUUCCUAGACAUGUAAAGUUGUUCAGCUUUAUCUAAACUCCGACCUUCAGCCUACUCUGUAAAUAGUCUCAUGUUUGAAAGACCAUGUAACAUUCCCCCAGUAGUAAAUACACCCUGUGGUAGUCAAAACUAUAGCCUAGGUAUGUUGUGAGGUAUAAAUGAAAACUGGUGCAAAUAUCCUCUUUUUUUUCUUUGGGUUGUUUUUUUUUUUGGUUGAGGGGGGAGGGUGUGGGGUGGGAGGAAGGGGAUGACUUUGGCUAACAGCUUUCUUCAACAUAGUUGCGUAAAUCAACAGGCAAUUGUAAUACAUCCGAGUAUUGUCAUGGUUAAGUUGAACUCUUCCACUGGAGACCUUCACAAUAAAGUGAUGUGCUUUCUAUUAGAGAUGUGCUUGUUGGUAUAAUUCAUUAAUGGAAUGUGAGAGUGGGGGCAGGAGGGAGCUGUGAGCGCUGCUGCGGUCAGGAAGCUGAGCAGGAGGUGGUGGCUGGUGGUGUAGUGAGGGUGAAACAUCUUUCCCUUCAGAGAAGUGCACAAAUGAACUUAAAUGUCGAGAUGCCUGCUACAUACUAUCCAAACCAAUGUUAAUAUAUACAGUAAUAAAAGCAUUGCAAAACCA